CUAAAGUCUAGAAACCUCUUAAAAUUUUCAUAUACAAAAGGCUCAGAAAAAGACUUGUUUAUCUAUUUCUGGAUCAACGUGCGUGUAGGUAUUAUCGUCGACGCCGAGCGAAUCUAUACUAUUUCUAGAAUGCUAGAUCCACAUCUCCGCCUGCCAUCUAUCUCUUCCGACAUUUACUUCUCCGUCCAGUGGACAACCGCGAACAACCUGCCGAUGCUAAUUCCACCGUCUCCAGCUCCAUCGCCUUGUAACCUCCGAGUGAUAUCGAACCAGGUCUCCGCCUUUUAUACUUUGCUUUUUUGCAAUGGUGCCGCGGAAACCAUGCUCGGAGAUUAAUGUGACCUCAUUUGGUUUAAUCUGGCGCUGAUUACAUGAUGGAGAUAAGACUGAUUGAGGUUGAAAUUUUUCAGCAGGGAGAUAAUGUCUGUUGAUAUACACUCCUUUAAUAUUAAUUUCCCUAGGCUUGAUAGGUGACAAGGGCCAUCAAUGCAGUUAAUUAUCAUAAUGUAUAUUUUUCCACGUGAAUACUUAGCUGUAAUAGUUGACCUUAUGAUUCGGAUUCUCUCCUCUUUAAAUCUCACCCGUCUGUUCCUCCCAGCACUCCUGCCGGACUUAUCUCCUUCCCGCCGCCUUCCUCUUCAUUCAAAGGGGGUGGUUGGUUGCAGGAGCCAAAGUUCUAUUUAGUUUGAUGUGGCUGUGUUAGCAUGGUUCAUGGUUGACAUGGAGAGAAUGAACAGUGACGGCGGUUCUUCGAUUAGAAGACGUUCAUUGAGCUUGUCAAGUCAUAGAAGCCAUCACACAGAUAAUGAUGUUGAUUGUGAGAGUGCUUCAGAAGCCGGUGACAUAGGCGAUCGAGCUCUUCCGAGCAGAAGAUUCAGCGAGAGCAACAGCUUCCACUCAGAAAAUGGAAGCACUGUUAUUACAAACUCUUCUGUUAGACCUUUGCCACAAGAACUCUCAUCCACCCCACCCCUUUCUACCGAUGCAACAGUUGGUUCUCAUGACUCAAAACUUGAACCUCCUAAAGAUUUGCCGCAGUUACUAGACUAUGUUUCAUGUAUGGCUCACUUAGCUGUUUUUGGAAUUCUUGGGGUCCUCACAAGAUAUUUACUGCAAAAGUUAUUUGGUCCCGGAGUUGCUAAUGUGACAAGUAACCAUACUAUUCUUUACCUUGAUCUUCCUUCUAAUAUGAUUGGUUCAUUUCUUAUGGGAUGGUUUGGUGUUGAAUUCAAAAAAGACAUAUCUCACGUGUCAGAGCAUCUAGCGAUAGGAAUAACGACCGGUUACUUGGGGAGCCUUACAACCUUCAGUGGUUGGAAUCAAAAAAUGCUUGAACUUAGUGCUUCUGGCCACUGGGUCAUCUCUGCAUUAGGCUUUCUAAUAGGUUUAUCUCUUGUUGCCGUCUCCAUCGCAUUUGGGGUUGAAACUGCAAAGGGUUUUAGGUGGCUUCUCAACAGGCUGAAUCUUACAAGUCCAGAAAAUGGCAUCUCUAAGAUUAACUACAAAGUAAACAGCUACCAUUGCCAAAUGACAGCUAUGGUGAUAUUCUUGGUGAUAUUGGGUAUAUUAUGGGGUGUGAGCGGUGCAUUAGUAAAGGCUAAGUUCAAGCAUGGUGGCAGUGCUGCUGAGUUGUGGUUUGCUUGCAUGGUUGGACCUAUAGGUGUAUGGAUUAGAUGGUUCCUAGCGAGGCUUAAUGGGCGUGGGUUGGGAAAGAAAGGUUUGUUUCAAUGGAUACCAUUUGGGACUCUAAUUGCCAAUGUAUCAGCUGCUUGUGUUAUGGCUGCACUUUCUACUAUAAAAAAUGCAGUGAACACAAGGGAUUGUGAUACUGUUGUAGCAGGAAUACAAUUUGGUGUGAUGGGGUGUCUGAGUACUGUUUCUACAUUUGCUGCUGAGUUUAAUGCAAUGAGAAAAACCAAUGAGCCUUGGAGAGCAUAUGUGUAUGCUGCUAUUACAAUAUGUGUCUCGUUCUCUUUGGGAAUCUUAAUUUAUUGCAUCCCGUAUUGGACAAAGGGAUUUGAGAUUGACACGUAACAAUCCGCAAUGGAACAUUGUUUUUGUCAUUUGAUGUGGUAUGGCUGAAUCAUCUAAGUUUUGUGGCAAUCUCCCUCCUAAUUCAAAAGAUUUAAAUCUUUUCAUAGGAA